CUAACUCUAAACCCUCCUGUCCAAAGCUCCCGGCUCCCGGCUCCCGCACCUCAUCCUUCCUCGACUUUCAACAACGAAAUCCUCCUUCAUCCGCCUAUAAAUCAAAAUGCUUUCUGGCAUAUUGAUCUUUAAUCAGAAGGGAGAGAACUUAAUCUUUCGCGCAUUCCGAAAUGAUUGUCGGCCUCGACUCGCAGAUGUCUUUCGAAUUCAAGUCAUCUCCAAUGCUCAAGUUCGUUCACCAAUCCUUACUUUAGGAAGCACAACCUUCAGUCAUGUCAAACACGAGAACAUAUACUUGGUCGCGAUUACCAAGAGUAAUGCCAAUGCUGCGCUGGUCUUCGAAUUCUUAUAUAGAUUGAUUGCGCUGGGAAAAGGUUACUUUGGGAAAUUUGAUGAAGAAGCGGUUAAGAACAAUUUCGUACUGGUAUAUGAACUUUUAGAUGGUGAGUUAGUUCAAUGCGCAAGUCGCAAAUGUUAAAUCUUCCAGGAGCUAAUGCAUUUGCGAAAUAGAAAUCUUAGAUUUUGGAUAUCCUCAAAAUACUGAGACGGAUACUUUAAAGAUGUACAUCACAACGGAAGGUGUCAAAUCAGAACGAACCAUGGAAGACUCGGCCAAGAUUACAAUGCAAGCAACCGGAGCUUUAUCAUGGAGGAAAGCCGAUGUUAAAUACAGGAAGAAUGAAGCAUUCGUGGAUGUAAUUGAAGAUGUCAAUCUUUUAAUGUCUGCUACAGGAACUGUUCUACGAGCUGAUGUAAAUGGUCAAAUCGUCAUGAGAGCAUAUCUUUCCGGAACACCAGAAUGCAAGUUUGGACUCAAUGACCGAUUAUUAUUAGAUGGUGAUAGUCUUUCAUCUCUACCAUCUGGAAAUCGUAUGGGCACCAAGGCCACCAAAGCAGCAGCUGGUAGCGUCACACUGGAGGAUUGUCAAUUUCACCAAUGUGUCAAGCUAGGAAAGUUCGAUACCGACAGAAUUAUCUCAUUCAUACCUCCUGAUGGAGAAUUCGAACUCAUGCGCUAUCGAGCCACCGAAAAUGUCAAUCUGCCAUUUAAAAUCCAUGCUAUUGUGAACGAAGUGGGUAAAACAAAGGUCGAAUACAGUAUUGCGAUUCGAGCCAAUUAUGGUAGCAAGCUCUUCGCCACCAAUGUUAUUGUUAAGAUUCCGACACCUCUAAAUACUGCUCGAAUCACCGAUCGAUGUACACAAGGAAAAGCAAAAUAUGUGCCGGAGGAGAAUGUUAUUAUAUGGAAGAUACCAAGAUUUACCGGACAGAAUGAAUUUGUUUUGAGCGCCGAAGCUACAUUGACAAGUAUGACGAAUCAGAAGGCAUGGUCAAGACCUCCGUUGAGUUUGAACUUUAGCUUGUUGAUGUUCACAAGUUCAGGGCUGUUGGUUAGAUAUUUGAAGGUGUUUGAGAAGAAUAAUUAUUCAAGUGUAAAAUGGGUGAGAUAUAUGACCAGAGCAGGGUCUUAUGAGAUACGGUGAGUUUGAAUCCUAUUGAUAUUUGAAAACAUCACUAAUAAAUAUCUAGGUUUUGAUCAUGGGUGUCAAAUUGGGAUGGCGUUUUAGGGAGCGCAGCAUUGCCUAGGCGUCGGAGUAGACGG